UCGAACAAAUGAGUGGAUGCAAUGAUUCAAAUAAAGUUAACGUUUUCCCGCAUGCAAAACAGGCCGUCGAACUGCAAAUUAUAAUAGCGGAGUUGGCGUUGACGUUGAUCCCGAAUGGCAUUUGAUGUAUUAAUGUUUCGACAUAUAUCACAUUAACCUAGAACUAACUACUGCUUAUUUGUUCUUAGGUGUCACCGUGUAAUUAUUAAUCGGCUCUAUUAAACACUUCUGUCACUGACAAUCGUAGAUAUUUAUCUUUCUUUUUGGUUUCGCAAAGUUUCAAGUGUCUAUAAAAACACAGUUUUGCAAGUACGUCGUCGAGUAGUCCCCUUAAAAAUGGCGACAGUUCGAUUUCUAGUAGUUAUCCUAUACGCAACAAGCACCGUUCUAGGAAUACCAACACCCAUUAAAGACCUAACCUUUCCGGGUGAAGCAAGGAACGGAGUGAACGUGAGAAUCGUCGGGGGUGAAGAGGCAACCGCACACCAGUUUCCCUACCAGGUAGCCCUUUACAUCACCAAGCGGUCGGAAAUCGUAUUUUGCGGUGGCUCCUUGGUCUCCAAUAAUUAUGUGCUGACGGCUGCGCACUGUCCCAUCGAUGGGACCAGCGUGGACGUUAUUUUGGGAGCGCACGAUAUCAAACAUAACGAAUCGUCUCAAAUUAGGCAAACGAGUGACCAUUUCGUGGUACAUCCCGGAUGGAAUUCCGACGACUUGCUUAACGACAUCGCAUUAAUAAGACUUGCGAAGCCGGUGGACGAAAGUGAUUACGUAAAAAUAAUAAAAAUUGCUACCGGUAAAAAUUCCUACGCGGGAAAUAACGGGACCGUCACGGGGUGGGGUUACACCUACGACAAUCAGUUCAGCGAAUCGGACACGUUGCUCUACGAAACCAGUUCGAUCCUAUCCAACGACGACUGCAAAGCGAUCGAUCCAUAGGCGUCGGUGAUUCAACCGACCCAUUUAUGUUUGUCCGGAGACGGCGGCAAGGGAGUAUGCCACGGUGACAGCGGGGGACCUCUGGUGACGGACGGCGUGCAAGUGGGCGUGGUUUCCUUCGGCUACAAGUCGUGCGAGCAAAGUAAACCGUCGGUGUUUACGAGCGUCGCCGAGUUCACCGACUGGAUUCGUAGCAAUUCGGACGUCUUCGGAUGAACCAGUUGUUAUUCUAUUAAUCUAGUCAAAAUAAACAUUUGAUCUAGCCAAAAUUCGACUUGUGCAAAAAAAUUUAUUCAAGGUAAAACGCACAAAAUUGAGCUUUUUUACAGCCUAUCACGUCAUCGGACGUUCAUUAUAAAUUAAAAAUAAGAAAUGACUAUACUGUCAGUACCGAAUUCUCUUUGUUUGUAACCUUGAGUAUCAUCUCCCAGUUACGUCAUGGUUCGAGUGUGGAGGGUGGUAAAACUGUCUACUUUUGAAGGAAGUAAACAAGAUAAUUCAGUAUAUACUGUUAGUUUUUAAAAUUCCUUUGGAGUGCAGUACAGUGUGCUGUCAAAUGACUAACAAAAGGUCACAAGUUCGUUUCAUUUGUGAUAAACCUUUGAAAGAAAGUGAAGUUAUUGUUGUUGAUCGUGGAAUGAUGAUGCAAGAGUUGAAAUAAAUGAUAAGUUUGUUGAAUACUUGAAAGACAAGCAGCAAUCUGUGACAUUUGCACUCGCAAGAGUAGCAUUAAUGCAAUUAAGAGACAACGCGUGACAGAACAAGGUAGUGCAUCCACGAUUAGUCCACCUCAUAAUAGCCAUAGGCCAAUAUUACCAUACUUUCAAUCAAUAGGAUCUGAUCAAACUUUAUUUGUUACAAUAGAUCGUGGAGUAUUACUGGGGAAAUCACGUUAAAAAAAUGCGCCAAGUAUACCUGUGAAUUUUCUAAUAGUGGAAACCGCGAUAUCUCACGAAAGGUGAGUCAUGAGAAAAAAAGUGACAGGCAAUUUUUGUAGAGAAUUGUAUGACCUAUAACAUUUGUCUGACCUAUUUUCACGAUAAAAUUUACAGUUUUCCAGAAAAUUUGGAAAAACCUCAAUUUGGUAGGUUUGACCUUGAAUUUUUUUUUGCCUAAGUCGAAUCGACAUUUCAUGUAUAAUGGUAUAUUUGACGUCUCUGCCAAUUUUCAGCUCUAUGCGAAGUUUCGACUUAUUUUUGUCCAUUUUGACUAGAUUAUAUGCACUUGGAGGCGGUAACAAUCCAAUAAACAAC